AUGGUAAUGCUACAUGUGAAACGCGGCGAUGAGAAUCUCUUUCUGUAUGAGACAAGUGUGACCGCAGCCACGGAUGCCGUUAUACGUGAACUGGUAUCGGUUUUCAAUGGCCGCUUGAAAAUUCAACGCAUUUGCAUGGAAAUCGAGGAGCUGGCCGAGCACGGCACCAUGCUGCCGGUUGAAAUGAUUGGCCUGAACGAUGAUCAGAUCGAGGAGCUGAAACUCAAAGAUACCUGGGCAGAUAAAUGCGUGCCCAUGGGCGGCUUCACGUUCAACAAGGAUCCGCUGUGCCGGCGCAACGGCCAGCAGCCGAACGAGGCGAUGCGCAAGGUGCUCGCCAAUGCCAUGACCGAUGCCAAGGCCAUGGUCGAUAAGAAAUUGUGCAAAUCCUCGACCGCACUCACGCUGAAGGUCAUCGAGGAGGCGCUGAACAUAUUGCGCGGCGCAGUCACCAUUGUGUAUCCGAUGAAGCUGCCGCCGCACGACACCAUACAGAUGGAGUUCGCCAACAUGGAGGAUCUGAGCGGCACCCAGGCAUCCAAGGAGGUCAUCGAGCCCUCGAAGGCUCAAUUGUGGUUUGCCGGUCGCCAGAUCCUAACUGGCAAGCUACUGAACGAGUAUUUGGGCAAUAAUGACAAGACCAAGGUUGUGGUCAAGCUGAAUCAGCUGGGCGAGGGUCCGCCCGCCCGCGAGCAGGUCAUCACCGAGCAAGUGCGUCGCCAAAUGAUGGCAGCCGCCUACAAACGCCAGGAGGAGCUCAAGGCUACUAAAUCGUAA